CAAGUCAAAAAAACAAGACAAAAUACUAAAGAAUCCCAAGAAAAUUAUUCCUGAAAAAACCAUAGAACAUUUGCUUCUUGUCUUGCUUCUUCACACUCUAUACACAGGAAGUGAAAAAACUGGUUAGAAGGUGAGAAAAAUGAAGAAGAGAGAAUGGAGUUGUGUUCUUGGAUUGCUGGGCAUUUUUCUUCAGAUAUUUUUGUUGGCUGAAUCUGCAUUAACAAGAGAAAAAAUAAAUAAGAAAAACAGCCAAUUAGACGAGCAGUCUUUUCCACCAGUACAAUUGCUUAGAUUGGAAGAUUAUGUGGUGGUUAAUAAUGGAAUUUUCAACAUCACUUUCUCUAUUCCUGGAGGAAUGGUCACUGGAAUACAAUACAAUGGGAUUGAUAAUUUAUUGGAAGAUGAAAAUGAAGAUGAUAAUAGAGGGUAUUGGGAUAUUGUUUGGAACAAUCCAGACAAACCAGGAAUUUUUGACAAACUUCAUGCAACAGAUUUUAAUGUUAUUAUGGAAGAUGAAAAUCAAGUGGAGCUUUCAUUUACAAGGACUUGGGAUUCUUUAAAUAAUUCACAUCUUUCCAUGAAUAUUGACAAAAGGUUUAUAAUACUAAGAGGAAGUUCUGGAUUUUACUCUUACGGUAUUUUGGAACGUUUGGAAGGAUGGCCAAAUAUUGAUGUCUACCAAGGAAGAAUUGUCUUCAAGCUCAAAGAAGAGUUGUUCCAAUAUAUGGCAAUUUCAGAUGAACGGCAAAGGGUUAUGCCAACGGCCCAAGAUCGUGAAAUGGGCCAAAAACUUGAUUAUCCAGAAGCUGUUCUUCUUACAAACCCAACUAAUUCUUUCAUCAAAGGAGAGGUUGAUGACAAAUAUCAAUAUUCUUGUGAGAACAAGGAUAAUCGGGUCCAUGGGUGGAUAAGCCCAAAUCCACGAACCGGAUUUUGGAUGAUCACACCAACCGAUGAGUUCAGAACUGGUGGGCCUCUUAAACAAGACCUUACUUCUCAUACCGGCCCAGUAAACCUCAAUAUGUUUUUUAGUACACAUUAUGCUGGAGAGAGUUUGGGACUGAAAUUUAGAGAUGGAGAGCCCUGGAAAAAGGUGUUUGGCCCUGUUUUUACCUACCUAAACUCUCUUUCACCUGAUGAGCUAGACACUCUUACACUAUGGACCGACGCAAAAGAACAAAUGUUCAUAGAAACUGAAAAUUGGCCAUUUAAUUUUCCUCUAUCGGAGGAUUUUGUUCGAUCUGAUCAACGGGGUAUUGUAACUGGCAGAUUACUCGUUCAUGACAGCUAUGUAAGUGAUAAGCUUAUUACUGCAAACUCAGCUUUCAUUGGAUUAGCUGCUCCAGGAGAUGUUGGAUCAUGGCAAAUGGAAAACAAGGGUUAUCAGUUUUGGACUCAAACAGAUACCGAGGGCUAUUUUUUGAUUAAUAAUGUCAUCCCUGGAAAUUAUAGCUUGUAUGCUUGGAUCCCUGGAUUUAUUGGAGAUUACAUGUACGACGCAUACAUCAAUGUCACCCCAGGAUCAAGAACGAGAGUAGAAACUCUCGUAUACGAUGCCCCAAGAAAUGGUCCAACACUGUGGGAAAUAGGAAUUCCAGAAAGGACUGCUUCUGAAUUCUUCAUUCCUGAUGCACAACCAAGACUUCUGAACCAAUUAUAUGUUGUAAAUAAUGCAGAAAGGUUCAGGCAAUAUGGAUUAUGGGAUCGGUAUACAGAGAUAUACCCUGAUGAUGAUUUGGUUUUUACUGUUGGAUUUAGCAACUAUCAAACAGAUUGGUUCUUUGCUCAUGUCAAUCGAUAUAUUUACAAUGAUGAUGGAAACAAGACUUAUGUACCAACUACAUGGCAAGUUCUAUUUGAUCUGUAUGAUGUUGAUCAAUCAGCAAAUUAUACUCUUCAACUAGCAUUAGCCUCAGCAAAUGAUGCUGAACUUCAAGUUCAAUUUAAUGACCCAGACACAGAUGCUCCUUACUAUACAACAGGGUUAAUCGGCAAGGAUAACGCGAUAGCUAGACAUGGAAUUCAUGGAAUAUACUGGCUAUAUACUAUAAAUGUUCCUGGUUCUCUUCUUGAGUUUGGAACCAAUGUUAUGUAUCUCAAGCAAACUAGAAGUGAAAGACCUUGGAGAGGAAUUAUGUAUGAUUAUAUUCGUCUCGAAGGCCCUCCAGAAAGUUAUUAAUCCGGAGGAAUUAUUGAGCUUAAACUUAUAGAUGAAAUCGGAACGGGGAAAUUUUGGGGUUGUAGAUGUUGAUAGAAUUUGAAUGCUCAAGAAAAGUUGAUUGUGCCUAUUUGUUUGAUGUUUUAUUAGUAGGUGCCUGUAAAUUUUUGGUAGCUUAAUCUACUAAUCUUGAACCAGUAAAAAUUUAAAUGAUACUA